AUGAACCGGCUUCUGGUUAGCCGAGGUCUCUUGAUGGUGUGGAUACGAGAUGCACUGGCCGAGUCUUCUCGACGGACUGCAGGCUGGUUGGCAAUGCAGCAAGUGGUGAGGAACACCGUGGAAACGGAUAAGGAGAUAUCAUGGAGCAGAGAGAGGGAGGCAGAUGUGGGGCGCGUGUAUCAUAUGGAGCAGGAUGAAGAGAGAGAGAGAGAGGUUUUGCCAUUCGAAAUGCCGUCGUCACUGCGACAGUUACUAGACACUUGGUCAAAGUAA